GGGGACAGUCUAGCAUGCUGGCUAGCGUAUUAGGUUAGCCGCUGGCUCCUCUACUGACAGAUAGCGGCGUAUGAGGGAAGAGAUGGGGUCUACGAUUCAGAUAAAAUUGUGUUGGGCCUUUACCAUCAGCUGGGUUGUGAUGCUGCUCCAGCUGAUGAGUGUGGAAGCUGUGCCCAUCAGCAUAGACAAGACCAAAGUGAAGGAGCCAGAACAAGUAGAAACACCUCCAGCCAGUGUGGACACUGGGCUCCAUUAUGACCGUUAUCUCAGAGAAGUAAUUGAUUUCUUAGAAAAGGAUCAACAUUUUAGAGAAAAGCUUCAUAACACAGACAUGGAAGACAUUAAACAAGGUAAACUAGCUAAAGAGUUGGAUUUUGUCAGUCAUAAUGUCAGAACAAAGCUAGAUGAACUGAAAAGGCAAGAAGUGAACAGACUGCGCACCCUGAUCAAAGCAAAACAGGACAUUGAAGGAGGAAAUGACAUAGCUGUGGAUCACCAAGCUCUUUUAAAGCAGUUUGAGCACUUAAACCACAUGAACCCACAUACAUUUGAGGUAGAAGACUUGGACCGCCUCAUCAAAUCGGCUACUAAAGAUCUGGAGAACUAUGACAAAGAAAGACACGAGGAGUUCAAAAGGUAUGAAAUGAUGAAAGAGCAUGACCGACGAGAGCAUCUGAAGACACUCAAUGAGGAAGACAGAAAAAAAGAGGAGGAGCACUAUGAAGAGAUGAAGAAAAAGCAUGCAGAUCACCCCAAAGUCAAUCAUCCUGGCAGUCAAAAUCAAUUGAAGGAAGUCUGGGAGGAAGCAGAUGGUCUGGAUCCAGAUGAUUUUGACCCAAAGACCUUUUUCAACAUUCAUGACACCAAUGGUGAUAGCUUCUUUGAUGAGCAAGAGCUGGAGGCAUUGUUCACAAAAGAGCUGGAAAAAAUCUAUGACCCUGCAAAUGAAGAGGAUGAUAUGGUGGAAAUGGAGGAGGAGAGGUUACGAAUGAGAGAGCAUGUAAUGAAUGAGGUGGAUACAAACAAAGACAGACUGGUUUCAUUAGAUGAGUUCCUGGUUGCUACAAAGAAAAAAGAAUUUCUAGAACCAGACAGCUGGGAGACACUGGAGCAGAAUCAAGCUUACACAGAUGAAGAAAUGAGAGAGUUUGAGGAACAUUUGGCUCAACAGGAAAAGGACCUGAACCAGAAGGCAGUCGAUCUGCAGAAACAGAGAGAUGAACUGGAGAGGCAGCAAGAGCAACUUAAUGCUCAGAAACAAGAACUUCAGCAGGCCGUUGAGCACAUGGAACGCCUUAAAUCACAGAAAAUAGAACCUCCUCCAGAGGUCCACAUUGAAGGAAAUGCUAUUCCAGUAGCAGAAAACCAAGAAAGUCAACCUGAGGAGCACCAACCUGUGGCCCAGGUCGCCCCAGAAGCAGCCCAGGACACUGCUUUGCACGGUGUGCCCCAAACAAAUGAUCUGCCUCCAGGACACCAGGAAACCCCACCAGAUCAGAAUAAUGUGUUAUAGCACUUUGUUUGAAAUCUGAGGCAGGGACCCUUGCCCCACUUCUGCUCCUGUGACAAAGGGACAAUCUUUAAAAAUUACAAUGCCUUUUUAACCAGUUCUUUUGAACAAUGGUGGACUCUUGGAGCUGCAAAAUUGCCUGUUGAAGAAUUGUUGGACUGCAAAUGGGGGGGGGACUAAAAUUAUGAAACAGUUAGACUGAAUGCAGUUACAUUACAGGGCAUUUGCUGAUAUUUUGGUGUACAGAUUUAAUGUUUUUGCCGUUUACUUUGUUUCAAUCUCAAAACUGAAAAAGUGUAAUUUAGGAUGCCUGGACUCUCCAAAUACAGCAAAAGCUCCUUCUCCUCACUGCAUAAGGAAAGAGACUCCUUAAGUUUUUACGGUUGAAUGCUCUUGAAUGAUGUAGCUCGUAAAGGUUAAAGAACAGGAGGUAGAGGAGGUAGGAGCAGGAGGUAGAAGCUAUUUUUAGACUUUUUUUGGGGAUGUAGUCAGUUUUUCAUCUGCAAGAGAGGGGUAGAGUGAGGUUUUUUGUGGACCUCAUCUACAAUAAGGAUUUAAGAUUUGUGGGUUUUUUUUUUGGCAAAACCACAUAGUUUGCAUAUUUUGUUUGUCAUAAGUACAUUUAGAUGUUGGUAUAGUGAAGUGCGACUUAAUUUUGCCCUAAUUCUGCAAAAAUGCAGUAGUUUCAGCAUACUGUAAAGUGGUGUGCUCCAACACCACAGGGUGGAUGUACACCCUGUAGAAAAAUGGCUGGGUUGAUUAGCUUGGUUCUUGAGGCUUUAAGUUUAUGUAUUUUCAUGCUCAAAUGGGUGUGAGUUUGUCGAUCACAUUUGAUCAUGAUUAAUUUUAUUAAAUUUAGAAUCUCAACCCAAUUUUACAGAAAUAUUUUUUCUUUAACAUGCCCCUUUUGAAAAUGUGUUAUAAUUUGCAAAAAUUUGCACCAUUUGUCAUUUCUUAUAGCUUGCUGCUGGAUUAAAUAAAUGUUCUUUCAAAGUCA